GCGGUUCGAGGGGCGGCGUCCAGCGAUCCGUUGGGCGCCGCCUCGUUCGCCAGCUCCUGCGGGCGGCCUCGUCGAGCGUCGGCCGCGCGCGCGCGCGCCACUGGGGGCGGCGGCGGCCCCCCGGCCGUGGGCAAUAUUCCCGCGCGGCGGCGGCGGCGUGCAGAGGCGAGCGGCCGCCGCCCCUCCAGCGCUGGGGCCCGCGGGGGCGCUGCGCCACGCCCCCCGCCCGCUGGGGCCUCGCCGGCCCCCGCCGAGCGGGGCCAUGACGCUUUCCAAGGGAGAGGGUGCGAGGAGCGAGCCCGACCCCCCCCGGCGGAAAAACAAUCUGGCCAGGGUGAGCUUCACAGGCGUCGGUCCUCCCAUGUUGGCCUGCCCUGACGGCGACGUGGGUGUGCAGUCGCAGUGCUCCGACCGCGCCGACGGAACAGCGUCGACCGCGCUCGGGAUGAUGUCGACCACGCUCGGCGGCGUGAACGCGGGGCUGACCCGAUACGACGGGGUGAAGUCGUUCACGCUCGGCGGCCCGAACGUGGGCAAUACCUGCUCCGAUGGCGCAGGGUCUAGCUCCUCGCGCCACCCCCGCAUGGCGAGGGGCGAUUCCAAGUCCUUCGAGCGCAGGUUCAACAUCGGCGCCGAGAGGGCGGAUAAGAGGCGGUCCCCCUUCCCGUACAAUAGUAUUUCCACCACGAAGUACGCGUGGUGGAACAUAGUGCCCAAGAACCUCCUCGAGCAGUUCCGGCGCAUCGCAAACAUCUGGUUCCUGUUCGUCUCCGCCUGCCAGCUGGCGCCUCUGGAGCUCUCACCCACCACGCCGACGGCAACGCUUCUGCCUCUUUGCGGCGUGCUGUUCCUGACCUUCCUGAAGGAUGCCUACGAGGACCACAAGCGGGCCCGCGACGACCGCCGGGUCAACAACCAGCUGUGUAGCGUGCUGGACCAGAACAGCAGCACUCGCGGUGCUUACGUCCAGACGUACUGGAAGGACCUCACCGUCGGCCAGUACGUCCGGCUGGAGCGCGACGAGCCCAUCCCGUGCGACAUGAUCCUGCUCUCGUGCUCCAACAACGCCGACGGCAUCGCGCACGUCGACACGGCCCAGCUGGACGGGGAGACCUCGCUGAAGCCCAAGUUCCCCCUGGAGGAGACCAUGCGGAUGACCUCCCCGAAGGAGUUCUGCGCCCUCGAGGGCCACGUGGCCGCCGAGCCGCCGAACCAGCUGCUGCAGUACUUCAACGGCAUGCUGGUGCUGCGCGGCCGCCCGCGCGGCGUGCCCGUGGAGGCCAAAAACUUCCUGCUGAGGGGCUCUACCCUCAGGAACACCAAGUGGGCUUUCGGCCUGACCACCUACACGGGCCACGAGACGAAGCUCGUUCAGAACCUCAAGCAGACUCCGUCCAAGAGGUCGCAUGUGGAGGUCAAAGCGAAUUCUCUUCUGCUCAUCGUGUUCGGUCUCCUCGUCACGGCCGCGCUGUCCUCCACUGUGGCGCAGGCCUUGUCCCUGAGGGAGGGUACGGACAGCGCCAAUCAGAGAAGCUGGGUCUGGCCUGAGUCGGACCCGCUCAAGGACAACGGAUACCUCGCGUUCGUGACAUUCAUGAUCUUGUUCAACAACUUCAUUCCCAUCAGUCUGUACAUAGCCACCGACCUCGUGCGCGCCUUCCAGGGCGUCAUGAUGGAGCGGGACGUGCACAUGUACCACUCCAGGACCGACUCCUUCUGCCAGGUCCGGAACUCCAGCCUGAAUGAGAACCUCGGACAGGUCGAGUUCGUGCUGACUGACAAGACAGGCACGCUGACGGAGAACCAGAUGCGGUUCAAGGCCGCGUCCAUCGGCGGCAAGGUCUACGGCUACUGGGACGAGGGGCCGGUCGCACACGUGGCCUCCGUGCCGCCGCUGGGCGCCUGCCUGCCGCUCCACCCCGCCCUGCUGCAGAAGGCCAGGGAGGCCAGCGCGUCCACGGACCCGCCCCAGCUGCGCGAGGAGGCCAAGGGGGCCGGCGCGCCCCUGCCGGCGAGGGGGCCGCGCGGUGCCUGCGCCGCCGCGCCCGCGGCAAACCCCAUCCAGGAUCUGGUCGCGGAGUUCUUCCUGUGCCUGGCCACCUGCCACGAGGCGAUCCCGGAGAGGAGCAGGGCGUCGACGGCGUCCGCGCUGCCCGCACGCCCUGGGUCGGCCGCGGCCGAUGCGGAGCGCUCGGGGUCGGCCGACGAGGACCUGAUGCACGAGGCCAAGCAGGUCGUGUUCAGGAGCUCCUCGCCCGAUGAGGAGGCGCUGGUCGCGGCGGCGCGGGACUUUGGGUUUUUCUUCCGGAAGAAGGUGGCCAGGCACAUCACGGUGAACGUCAAGGGCCAGGACCAGCAUUUCGUCGUCCUGGCCAUCAACGAGUUCACCUCCGAGCGCAAGCGGAUGUCGGUGCUGGUGCGGCAGCUCAGCUCGGAGUCGGCCUCGCGGGUGAGCCGUGCCCAGUCGAAGGAUGGCGCCGGCUCGUUCGGAAGUUCGGAGCUCCACAACAACGGAGUUCGGAACGGCAAGAUGUCGGUCGUGAUGACGGUGGAUCGCCUGCCGUCGAUCAACGACGACAUGCUGGACAGCGAGUCCGAGAACGAGACGUCCUACUCGCCCAUUCUCUACGCCAAGGGCGCCGACAGCGUGAUGCUGGAGCAGAGCCGACUGAGUGCCAGUGGCAUGGAGGUCGCAGAGUCCGAGGAUUUUAAGAAGCACCUCCUGCAGUUCACGUCGCAUGGCCUCCGCACGCUAGUGAUCUGCAGGCGCCAGCUGACGACCUUGGAGGCCGAUACCUUCCUGCAGCGCAUGAGGGAGGCGAAGGGCGCCUUCAUGAACCGUGAGAAGAUGAUGGGGAAGAUAGCCGACGACAUGGAGCGGUCCUUCGACAUACUCGGCCUCUCCGCCGUCGAGGACCGCAUACAGGACAAGGUGCCAGAGACCAUCGACCUGAUGAUCCGCGCGGGGAUCAAGGUGUGGAUGCUGACCGGCGACAACGUGGAGACCGCGGUGAACAUCGCAUUGGCCUGUAAGCUCGUCGACAACGAGAUGCGCCAUUACAAGUUGGCGAUGCCGGACGUGCCCCCCGACAGGUCCAGCAGCCACCUCCUGAGCGAGCUGGAGCAGAUCUACAAGGGCAUCAGCCAGCAGGUCAAGUUGGAGCGAAGCCCUGGCGCCUUCAGGUACUGCCUGAUCAUGCACGGGAAGGUGCUCUACACGAUCAUGGACGACCCACGCCUGCGGCAGCUGUUCCUGGCGGUGGCCUGCUGCUCCAGCUCGGUAGUCGCGUGCCGGCUCGCUCCGGCUCAGAAGGCGCAGCUCGUCAAGCUGGUGCGGAGCAACCUGGAGGGCAGCCCGCUGACGCUGGCCGUGGGCGAUGGCGGAAACGACGUGAGCAUGAUCCAGGAGGCUCACGUCGGCGUGGGGAUCCUCGGCCUGGAGGGACGUCAGGCUGCCAACGCGUCGGACUUCACUAUUGGGCGCUUCUGGUUUCUGCAGCGGCUGCUCUUCGUCCACGGCCGCUGGAACCUCCGCCGCACCUCCAUCGUCAUAGGCUACUUCUUCUACAAGAACUUCUUGCUGAUCCUCCCGAUGAUAUUCUUCGGCCGUGAGACAGGAUACUCGGGGACCACCCUCUACGACUCGUAUCUGCUUGCAACAUUUAACCUUGUUUUCACAUCCUUGCCCAUCAUGAUCACGGGAAUUUUUGAUUGGGAUGUUUCGCCUCGCUUGGCGCUGAAUGUCCCCAGCCUGUAUCAGAUGGGGAUCAUGGACCACUACUUCAAUUGGAGAAUGCUCAUGGGCUGGAUCUCGAGGGGCAUCCUGCACGCCAGCGUCCUUUAUACGUGCAUGCAAGGGUUCGUCGGCGGCCUCAACAACAUGCCAGCGGACAGCAACCUCAGUGCCCCAGACUUGUACGUGAUGGGCAGCUGGGCCUACGGCGCAUGCGUCAUAGUCGGGAACGUGACCAUAAUGAUGCAGACGAGGAGCUGGAUGGACUGGCAGUUGAUGGUCAUCGGCCUCUCCGUUGUCGUGUUCGUGCCGGCCAUGCUGAUCUACUCGCGCAGUGGCGGGGCGCUGAUGUCGGUGGAGUCCAGCAUGGUGGGCAUCGAGGGCCCCCUGUUCCUUCAGCCGCGCAACUGGUUGGCGAUGCUGCUGGUCGUGGCGGCUUGCGCUGCGGCCGACUUCGCGGCCAGCCUCGUGCGCAGGGCCGUGGCACCCACGGUCGCAGACGUCCUCGGGGAGGUGGACCAGGGCCACCUCAGCGGCCUGGACCGGCUGCCGGCGGUGACCUCCGCUGCCGCCGCGGCCGAGAGGGGCCCCGCGGGCUGCGCGCCCGCGGCCCAGGAGUGGGUGCGGAGGCUACCUCCGCCGCUGCCGCGGCCGCUGCGGGCGCGGCCGGACGAGCGGCUGUGGGUGCGCCCGCUCCGGGGCCACUGGGACCGGGGCCGCUCGCCCUGCCGCUGCCGGCGGCGAAGGCGGGCGUCCGCGGCGGUGCACGCCGAGGAGCACGCGACGCAGGAGGCUGUCGCGGGCGGCGAGGGGGAGGCCGUGCUCUCCGCCAGCCUCUCCCUCUGGGGGCAGUCCCAGGAGAGCCUCUCGGACCGGGUGCGGAAGCAGGCCUGCCUCCUGGUGCGGACGGUCUGGGAGCGCCAGUGGUCCGAGAUGACAGUUGCUGAGCUGGCAGGGGGUAUCAGCUUCGACAAGAUCACGGUGUCCAAGCACCUCACCAGCGCCAUCCGGCAGUGCGGCGGCCUGGAGCCCCGGAGCACCAGGUCUGCGGCGUCCUUUCCGAACCUGGCCAACUGGGCCUCGGAGUCUUCGAUCUCGCACCAGUUGGUUGUCUCGUCGGUGUCCACCGGCACGCACGGCACCAACGACGAGGCCGUGUUGCCUGGCGACGUGUCCCCGCUGCCGAAAAUUUCCCGCAAGAAUUCAACCUCGUCGCUGUACUCCGUCUCGUCGCGCCUGUCGGUCAGCAGCGACCUGUCGCCGCGCCUCUCCUCGGCCUCCGAGAACGAGGUCAUCAAGGAUCUCAUGUACAGCGUCGCCACCCUGCGCUUCAGGGCCCGCGCCCAGGAAGUCGCCUUCCGGAAGUUCCUGUCGGUGCACGCGGUGCCGCUGUUCCAGAAGUUCUGCUUCUUAUCCAUGGUGCUUUUCCUGUUCUACAACAUGGUGACCCUCGUCUUGGACCCUGACAGUGGCAGUCAGGUCUUCUGGACCAGGCUCGUCAUCCUGGGCCUGUCGGCGGCGGUGGGGUCCUCCUGGCUGCUCGUGCGCCUCUUCCACCAGCGCCUGUAUCGCCCAGACAACGUGGCAUGGCUAACGGCCGACAACGCCUUCGAGCCCGCGACUUCUGUGCUGCUGAUGGCGUCGCUCAUGCUGAAGCACAUCUUCGACAUCUGCACGGGGAACCCGGGAAUCUUGUUUCACACCUACACGCCGGUGUUCAUCAUCGCUUUUGCCCGGAUGCGUUUCACCUACUUGGUGAUGGUCAUCAGUUGCCACCUGGCGCUCAUCGUCGCUCGGUUCUGGAUCCUUGUUGGCGUCUUCCAGGACAUACCAGGCAACGACAUCGGUAUGGAGUACUUCGUGCUGAUGCUAGGCAUCGUGAACCUCACGCUGUACUACUCGUACCAGCUCGAGAUACUCGUGCGCAAGGACUUCUUUGUCCUCGACUCCAUCGCCCAGUCAGAGCACCAAGGCAUGGAGAUUUUGAAGGGCAUGUUUCCCGAGGAGGUGGUCAGCCAUGUGCUGCUGAAGAUACGGAGGGACACCGCUGGCGAGGCAAUGGCUGCGGGCCAGCGGAUCCUCGGCGACCGCAUCGCCUCUGUGCUGUUCAUCGACCUGAUGGACUUCGACGCCCUCGUGGCGGACCUGCAGCCAGAGGAGCUGGUCCUGCUGCUCGACCAGGUGUGGAACCUCUUCGACCGCCUGGUCGAGCGGAACGGGGUGACGAAGAUCGAGACUGUAGGAAAGACGUACAUGGCCGCGGCGCUGCCCGAAGACUCGGCGCAGACGCCGCUCCCGGGGCAGCACGCCCAGGACGCGCUGAGCGCCACCGCCACCGCCGUCUUCAUGCUCGAGGAGACGUCGCGGCGCUUUACCGGGCACGGCAAGGUCGCGCAGGUCUCCGUGAGGAUCGGCAUCCACACCGGGCGGGUGCUCAGCGGCGUGGUCGGCACGCUGAAGCCGCAGUUCGCCCUCUUCGGCGACACCGUCAACACCGCGUCCAGGAUGCAGUCCACGGGCAAGCGCAACAAGCUUCACGUCUCUGGCGCCACCUGGGAGCACCUGAAGGACGACACUCGCUUCAGCUGGGAGCCGAGGAAGACGGAGGUGAAGGGCAAGGGGCUCAUGGACACCUACCUGCUGCGCCGGUACAAGCUGGAGGAGCUGAAGAAGCUCCGGCGACGCAUUUCCGCCGCUUCCGUCGACAAGGCGCACUGCAACCAGGUGGCGACAGCUCAGAAGGUCAGCGGCUUCCAGGCGUCGCUGUCGCGGGUGCUGGCCCCCAAGGACACCAAGACGUCGAGCACCAGCUCGCCCUCCCACGACGACGAGUCGGUCGUGCCAGAGCUGCCGUUGUCGAAGCCCUUGCCGAUUUCGGAGCGUUUGCCAUCCAUGGACCAGCCCUCGUCGCGCGGGCUCGUCGGCGGCGAGGGCGAGGAGCGCGGCACCGUCGGGGUUCCCACCCUGAGGAAGAACCGCACGUGGACCGGCAUCACGAACAGGGCGAGCACGAGCCGCGGCGACGACGGGAGCCCAGAGUCUACAAACCACUGGCGCGACGAAAGGUCGCGCUCCAGUCCGGCGUCGAGCAACGCAUUGCACGGCGAGCCAGAGGCGGCGUGGCGGGGCCUCAUGCCGCCGACGCCGGCCUCGCGCUUGCCAUCGGACCUCCCCGUGACCCCGCGGAGCGCCAUUCUCACAUGGCCGAGGAGGCUGGCCCCUUCUUCAAAGGCCAGCUCCGCGUCCUUGGGCGAGCUGCUCCCAGGGAUGGCCUGCUCGGCGGUCUUUGGGCUGUUGUGCCCCGUCUGGCGGCGUGAGGCCAAGGGGGCACAGCUGGUGCGCGGGUCGCCGAUGAUGUCGCAGUUCGUGUCCUUCGUCGGCUUCCUGUUCUGGUACGCGGUGGAGUCGUUGUUCCUGCUGACGAGGGCCGACGCCGUGGUGGGCGAGCUGCUGCUCAGGCUGGGCUUCGUCGUUGCCUCACUGGUUGCGGCCGUGCUGCUGUGGCGCGCGGGGGCUAAGUGCCACUGGGGCGCGGAGCAGCACCGGUCGCCGAUCGCAAGGACAAUGCUCGCGCUCUUCGGGUGUAUCGUCGCGCUGGCCGUGUUCGUGGGCUUCGUGUUCUCCACCGCCGCGAACCACGUCGGCGGCCGCGCCAGCGUCUGGAACAUCUUCGAGGCGUUCUUCUUCGUGGUGGUGCUGAUGCACCUUUACCGGCUGUUCCCUCAAGGCUUAGGCCCGGCCAUCCUUGCGCUUCUGAUUUCAGUGUACAUCGUCGUGGAGUCAUUCUUCUGCGAGGACAUGAUGCUGGAGUGCAUCGGCUACUGCGCGCUGAUCUUAGGAACCCACGUCGUGGCAACGCGGGAGGACCCCAGGAUGCUGUUCGCCCAGCACAGGCAGGUCUGCGAGGAGCACGAGCGCGUCUCCGAGCUGCUGGACAGCAUGCUCCCUCGGGAGGUGCUCUCAGAGAUGAGGUCGAACAGCCUGAGCCUCGCGUACAGCUACGAGGACAUGACCUUCCUGUUCGCGGACAUCGUUGGCUUCACGCGCUACUGCGCCGAGCACACCGCCGAGCAGGCGGUGAACCUCGUGACGCAGCUGUUCGCCGUGUUCGACGACGAGGCGCGGCGCAAGGGCGUCUACAAGGUCUGCACCAUCGGCGACGCGUACGUCGUGGUCAACGAGCCCCGGAGGCAGCGCGCGGGCUACGGCAGCCCCGCCGCCGUCGACCGCAUGCCCAGCGAGACCUGGACCGGCCUGCCAGUCUUCGAGAUGGGCAGGUGGAUGCUGCAGGCUAUCGUGCGGGUGAGGGGUCAGGAGGACGUUCAGCACCACGCCCUGGACAUGCGCAUCGGCAUCCACUUCGGCAAGUUCGUGGGCGGGGUCAUCGGCACGAAGCGCCUGAGGUUCGACAUCUGGGGCGAUGACGUGCUGAUCGGCAACAACGUCGAGUCGCACGGGAAGGCGGGAAAGGUCUGCGUGAGCUCUCCGGCCAAAGAGGCGAUGGAGCGCGCCGCUCAGGCCGGCGUGGAGGGCUUGCGUGGCCUGCGUUUCGCGGCGAACGAGGACAUCGUCCUCAAGAACGGGCGCGUCGUGCAGACGUUCCUCUGUGACUGGGAGAGCCACUCCCCGCCCUCGAAGGAGUCCGCUUACCCGGCGGAGGAGCACCCCGCCCACCCGGCGGGGGGCGAGCCCUUCCCCGACCCGAGAGUGCCCGCGGCACCGCCGCCGCCCGCGGCCGCGGCGGACCCCGCGCCUCGGGCGGAGGCCCCGGGCGCGAGGGCGAGGCCCUCGCCCCUGGACGCCCCCCCGACGCCGCACGCCGGCGGGGAGGCGGC